CGCCACCAAGCUCCCUCCCCCAGUCCCCGUAACCUCAUCGCUCCCGAGAACAGCCGCCGGCCGGCCUCCCCUCCACCGCCCUCCUCUCUCUCUCUCUCUCUCUCUCUCUCUCUCUCUCUCUCUCUCUCUCGCGAAAGAGACAAUGAGAUUUAUCAUCGAUGGUGGGACACAAAGUUUGGUGAUCGACGGCAGGGACUCAAAGUUUCAUUCUCACCACGUCGAUGGUGGGGCGACCGACGGGAAGUGCGACCACCACCACCAGACAGAGCCCACGAAUGAGACUGAUGGCGUAAGCGAUGGGACCCAGAUGCCGAUUGAGUCCGAUCGCAAUCAGCAGCAAAAUGGUAGUCAUUUAAUUCCGUAGCAGUCAAAGGAAGGAGGAAUUCCAUUGGAAUGGUAUGUUUUUUUUAAAUGGUAGUCUUUUUUUCUCGUAGUGAUUUUUUUAAAUGGUAGUCAUUUUUUUCGUAGUGGUAGUGUUAUUGUCGUAUUGGUAUUGUUUUUGUCGCAUUGGUAUUGUUUUUGUCGCAUUGGUAGUGAUUAAAUCUGCAAUGGUACUGAUGUUUUGUGAAAUGGUAGUGUUUUUAUUUCUUGAAUGGUAUUGAUGUUUUGUGAAAUGGUAGUGUUUUUAUUUCUUGAAUGGUAGUUUUCGUGUAAUGGUAUAAAUUUAUUUCUGCAAUGGUAGUUUUCGUGUAAUGGUAUAGAUUUAUUUCUGCAAUGGUAUUGAUAUUUUUCAAAGUGGUAGUGUUUGUCUAAUGGAUUGGUACUGAUUUCGUUUUUUUUUUUUUGCAGAAAGAUUGAGAAAAAUAUGGAAAGAAAAUCUGGCUGGAGAUUACGGAAGUGAGAGAAAGAGAGAUUUUUAAUUAAUAGAUUUUUGUAAC